UGUAGUCUUUAGAGAGGACGGUGAAACGAAGAGCAUUGCAGGAGGAGACUACAAUCCCAGAAGCCUUUGGGCACACCUGGAAAAGGCAGCCGCUUCCUGAAAAGCCGACACUGGGAAUCCUCAGCGUCAACAAGAGGGGGAAGAGAAAUUGGAUGCUUGAAAAUUAAGUCCCUCGAGCGUGGGAAGGGGAUCUAUUAGAAUUGUUCUACUACUUGCAAGAGUUCUGCUGUUAUUCUGGAUUUGGUUAAAUCUCUUGGUGGCAUUUUUGUUGGCUAAGAUGGGUUGCCGUGAUGUCCAUGCUGCGACAGUCCUCGCCUUCCUUUCUGGUACAGCUGCCUUAUCUGGACUUAUUGCCGCGGCUCUGCUGCCUAACUGGAGACAGAUGCGACUCUUCACCUAUAACAAGAAUGAGAAGAAUGUCACCGUGUACACUGGGCUCUGGAUUAAGUGUGUUCGCUUUGAUGGCAGCAAAGACUGCGUCAUCUACGACACCGAGUGGUACACAGCAGUUGACCAGCUGGAUUUACGCGUCCUCCAGUUUGCUCUCCCCAUAAGCAUGUUAACCACUGUCUUGGCUCUGUUUCUCUGUUUGAUUGGCAUGUGUAAUACCGCCUUCAUAACCACAGUGCCCAACAUCAAGCAGGCCAGAUGUCUCAUAAACAGUGCGGGCUGCCAUCUUGUGGCCGGCCUCUUCUUUCUUCUUGCAUGUGUCAUUUGCCUGACGCCAUCUAUCUGGGUCAUCUUUCAUAACCAAGAACUGAACAAGAAAUACGAACCAGUUUUUUCCUUUGACAUCUCUGUGUUUAUUGCCAUUGCCAGUGCAGGAGGCUUACUGUUUACAGCCAUCCUCUUAUUCCUUUGGUAUUGUGCAUGCAAAACGCUUCCUUCCCCUUUCUGGCAGCCUCUGUAUCCUCAUGCGCCCAGUGUGCAUAGUUACGCCUCCCAACCUUAUUCUGCACGGUCACGCCACUCUGCCAUUGAAAUUGACAUUCCAGUUGUUACACACGCUUCCUAAAUGAUAAGCUGGAGAAGCCAAGUGCCUGCUCGUUCUGUCCUUCGCCAAGGCACUGCAGGUGAAGUGUUUUCCCCAUUCCCUCAGAGACAUCUAAAAAUGUUUUACAAGGCUAGGUGAGAAAAAAUUGCUAUUGUAACUUGAUAGCUUUUCCAAUUUCUCUAUCUAUCUGCAGAGAUAGGAAUGUAGUUAGGUAAGUGAGCCAUAAUAUUAGAAUUCUACUUGUUUUGAUAUUGAAGCUGUUCACAAGUUUCUAGUUCUCAUUAAAACUGGUGGCGUGUGAAUUCAUAGGUAAAUUAAAGACUGGGACCUUUUUGCUUUUUA